AUGUCAGAAACAUCAAAGUUAGAGUCACUUGAUCCAGAAGUCUGUGAAGAGUGUAGUUCUGCAAAGACUUCUGGACUGAGAGUCUCUGAAGGGUGCAGAUCAAAAACCUUGAUGCAGAGCAUUGUUCAUGAGCUCAAGGUUCAAAUGAGAAUUGGUUUACCAUUAGUGGUUAUGAACUUGUUGUGGUUCGGUAAGCUAACCACUACUUCUAUCUUUCUUGGCCAUCAAGGUAAGGUUAACCUAGCCGGAGGCUCAUUAGGUUUUUCCUUUGCAAACGUUACUGGCUUUGCUGUUUUAUACGGAAUUUCAGCAGCAAUGGAACCCAUUUGUGGCCAAGCUUUCGGAGCCAAGAAUUUCAAGCUUCUCCAUAAAACCCUUUUGAUGGCAGUGCUCUUACUUCUCUUGAUCUCAAUCCCUAUUUCCAUCUUGUGGCUCAAUGUUGAUAAGCUCCUUAUUGCCUUUGGUCUAAAACAAGAAAUCUCCUACAUAGCCAAAAGAUAUAUCAUCUACCUCCUUCCUGAUCUGCCAAUACUCUCCUUGCUUUGUCCCCUCAAGGCUUACUUAAGCUCACAAGGUGUUACACUCCCCAUCAUGUACACCACAGCUGCAGCCACUUCUCUCCACAUCCCCAUCAACAUAUUCCUCUCUAGAGCAAAGGGAAUCCAAGGAGUUGCAAUGGCGGUUUGGAUAACCGAUCUAAUAGUUGUGAUUCUUUUAACCGGUUAUGUGAUAGUCGCUGAGGGAUUUAAAGAUAACAAAUGGAAAGCAGGUGGGUGGUUAGACCAAAAGGCUCAAGACUGGCUUAAGCUACUCAAGCUUAGUGGACCGUGUUGUCUCACCGUGUGCCUUGAGUGGUGGUGCUACGAGAUCUUGAUCCUAUUAGCCGGAAGGUUACCAAACCCGGUGGAAUCUGUAUCUGCCUUGAUCAUAACAUUCAACUUCGAAUACUUGCUUUACGCUGUGAUGCUCUCUUUAGGCACGUGCGUGGCUACACGUGUGUCUAAUGAACUAGGCGCAAAUAAUCCCAAAGGAGCUUAUAGAGCAGCUUGCACUACACUAGUUUUGGGUGUUGUCUCGGGAUGCAUUGGAGCUUUGGUGAUGAUAGCAUGUAGAGGUGUCUGGGGGUCUUUGUACGGUCACCAUGACGUAAUGAUCAUAAACAGUGUGAAGAAGUUGAUGUUGAUUAUGGCGGUGUUUGAAGUGAUAAACUUCCCGGUAUUUGUUUGUGGAGAGAUUGUUCGUGGGACAGCGAAGCCGUCGCUUGGAAUGUAUGCGAAUCUUGGUGGGUUCUACCUAUUGGCUUUGCCCUUGGGGGCAAGUUUGGCGUUUAAAGCUAAACUAGGGGUUGAAGGGUUCUUGAUAGGGUUUUUGGGUGGAGUUUUCGUCUGUUUGUUGAUAUUGCUCAUCUUUAUUGCGAGGAUUGAUUGGGAGAAAGAGGCGGGUAAAGCAAAGAUUCUAACGUGUAGUACUGAGGAAGAAGAGAGUCCACAAGAUUCAAGACAAUAG